CGUGUGGAUCGUUGAUAAGGAGUAACUAUAAAUGGUAUCAUGCUCGAUUCUAUAGCAGAAUUAAAAGAACAAUUUGACCAGUAACAACUACCAGCCAAGAUGCGUAAGCUCGUUCUUUUGUUUGUGUGCAUAUCUCUGUUAGCCUGUACGCAGGCUAACCAUUUAAUUUUGGGACAUCGUUCACCGAACGACACUCUAAUUCAACGUCGUGUCAUUAUCAAGCCACCGAUACCUUUCGUUAUACCAAGGGUGACACUUGGGGCAAAUGCUCCCCCUGGAGAAGUGAUUUCGUUUGUCGGGGUCGGAAACAUCAACCCUACCAAUGUAUUGAUCAAACCAGUCAAAGGGGGUAUUGGCACACCAUUUAUAGUCGUGUCAGUGAUUGGAAAAAUAGGCACUGGACUUAAGAUGAAAUUUGUUGUGUUCUCUGCUCCCGUAAACGGUGCAGGCACCACUGAAGAACCUACAACGGUGACUACCACAGAAUCAACAGUACCAAGCGACGAACCAUCCUCCCCACCGACCACCCCUGAAUCAACGGUACCAAGCGACGAACCAUCCUCCCCACCGACCACCCCUGAAUCAACGGUACCAAGCGACGAACCAUCCUCCCCACCGACCACCCCUGAAUCAACGGUACCAAGCGACGAACCAUCCUUUCCACCAACCACCCCUCCACCAUCAGUAAACAGCACUGAGAAACCAUCCUCCUCUGAAAGUACCAAUGCAGAGCAAUAUUCUCAUUCAAGCAACUCUGCAGAACCAUCCCCUGCAGGUAGCUCUGCACCACCAUCUUCACCUUCCAGCAGUUCCGCGCAACCAACUGCUCCUACAAGCAGUCCAGUACCCCCCUCCAGUAGCUCCGUACCACCAGUAAGCAGCUCUGAACAACCAUCAUCCCCAUCGAGCAGCAGCCCUGCUCCGCCAGCAAGCAGUUCUGAACAACCAUCCUCUCCACCGAGCAGCAGCCCUGCUCCACCAGCAAGCAGUUCUGAACAGCCAUCCCCCCCACCGAGCAGCAGCCCUGCUCCACCAGCAAGCAGUUCUGAACAACCAUCCCCCACACCGAGCAGCAGCCCUGCUCCACCAGCAAGCAGUUCUGAACAGCCAUCCCCCCCACCGAGCAGCAGCCCUGCUCCACCUGUAAGCAGUUCUGAACAACCAUCAUCCCCACCGAGCAGCCCUGAACCACCAGUAGGCAGCUCUGAACAUCCAUCCUUGCCUGCAAGUAGCACAGUAGAGCAAUAUUCUCAUUCAAGCAACUCUGCAGAACCAUCCCCUGCAGUUAGCACUGCACCACCAUCUUUACCUUCCAGCACCUCCGCGCAACCAACUGCUCCUUCAAGCAGUCCAGCACCCCCCUCCAGUAGCUCCGUACCACCAGAAAGCAGCUCUGAACAACCACCCUCCCCACCAAGCACUCCUGAACCACCAGUAACCAGCUCUGAACUACCAUCUUCCCCAUCGAGCAGCAGUCCUGUUCCACCUGUAAGCAGUUCUGAACAACCAUCCUCCCCACCGAGCAGCAGCCCUGCUCCACCAGCAAGCAGUUCUGCACAACCAUCAUCCCCACCGAGCAGCCCUGAACCACCAGUAGGCAGCUCUGAACAACCAUCCUUGCCUGCAAGUAGCACAGCAGAGCAAUAUUCUCUUUCAAGCAACUCUGCAGAACCAUCUCCUGCAGGUAGCUCUGUACCACCAUCUUCCCCUUCCAGUAGUUCCGCAGAACCAAGUUCUCCUUCAAGCAGCCCAGCACCACCGUCUAGCAGCUCUGCCCCAUCAUCCAGUAGCACUGCACCACCAAGCAGUUCCGAACCACCAUCUUCCCCAUCCAGCAGCCCAGCGCCACCAUCAAGUAGUUCCGAACAACCAUCUUCCCCAUCCAGCUCUGCUGAACCACCAAGCAGCUCUGCUGAACCACCAAGCAGCUCUGCUGAACCACCAAGCAGCUCUGAACAACCAUCUUCUCCUUCGAGCUCAGCUGAACCACCAAGCAGCUCUGAACAACCAUCUUCUCCUUCGAGUUCAGCUGAACCACCAAGCAGCUCUGAACAACCAUCUUCUCCUUCAAGCUCAGAACCAUCCUCUACAGCGUCUCCACCGCCUGCACGUUGGUGGACUUGGUUGUAAAUUAAUUCCAAUGCUAUAAGAGGUGCCCAAAAACUAAUAACGGGGUACCCAUUAGAAGAUUCAACCCUUCCUAUUGAUACGACCACUGGAACCUACAGUCGUAAGAUGCAUCCCAGUGACCGGGAUCCUAAUUAACUUGUCAUACAUCACUGGCCUGAGAAUGCACAGGGAAAGCUCAAUGUAUGAAAUAUUUUCUGUAGAAUAUUCUUUUAAAAUAAAUUCUAUGUUAUUCUACAAAAAUCCUA